CAGUGUAAGUGUUUCCGUCAGCUCAAAGGCCUCGGCGUGAGUCGUCCACACUCGAGAGCGUCUAAGUCAGCCAUGAAGCGGCGGAGAUCGUGCCGCACGCUUCACGGCUUGCUACUUCUAUUGCUGACGAUGACCGGCUGGAAGGAUUCGUCCUUCGCAUCAGCGACCACUGGAAAGCACCCGUUUCGCAUCUACGUGUCAUAUGGAUCAGGACUCGACCAGAAUGUUGGGAGUCGAAGCGCGAUGCAACGCAUGGUUCAGGAUGUUCUCGUUCAGUCUGCAGUCAGUUGGCUAGAGAACGCACUCAAAGUAGCAGAUGUGGCCAACUCGACCAUCAAAGCGACGCGUGUUUGCACGGGCAGCCAUUUUCUCAUCAAAGGCCUACAGUACUGCGUCGGGAGUUGCGCGUCUGUUACAAAGUGUGGCGCAGCCAUUGUGCCCGAGAAGCAUCUGAAACAAUGCCGGACGUGUGACUCACAGCAGAGACAAUGCUCGCCCACUGGACCGAUUCAGCCCGGCGUCACGGGUUAUGAUUUUAUUCUCUAUGUGACUGCAGUCAAUACAGCUACUUGCUUGACAGAGGAUGCUGUGUCUCAUGCACAUCAUUGUGAGCAAGAGAAGACCUUGGACAGACCAGUUGUGGGUAACUUGAACAUCUGCCCCAAUAGAGUGUCAUAUCUGGCCAAAGACUACCAGAAUCAGGUCCAAUAUAUCAUCCAUGACCUUCUCCAUGCUCUGGCGUUUUCUCCUCUUCUGUAUGGAUUUUACAGAGACAGCAAUGGUUUAGCUUUGACACCUAGAGACAAGCAUGGUUUGCCUAGUAGGACCAAGAUCGGUUAUGCCUGGAGUAACCAGGUCAUUCAGUACAAGCAGAUAUCUGACUGGGAAACAUCGAGUGGCAUGCUCAAUCACAGCAUUGCAUACAUGGUAACACCAAAAGUGCAGACUGCAGUACGAAAUCACUUUAAAUGUCCCACUUUAGAAGGUGCUCCUUUGGAGCUACAAGUGUUUCCAUAUCACCACUGGGAAAAUCGAUUGUUUCAGGGUGAACUGAUGUCUGGCAACACAAAUCAAUUUCUUGUAAUUUCUGAGAUCACACUGGCAGCACUUGAAGACACAGGUUGGUAUGCAGCAGAUUAUUCCUAUGCUCAGAAGUUUACCUGGGGCAAAGGGCUGGGAUGCGACUUUGCUAAGAAGAGUUGCCUUGGUUAUAUGAAGAGCAGGAAGAAAUUUGGACAAGAUGUAACACCAUUUUGUGAACAAAAGUCGUCUCCUAAUGCUGUAACCUGCAGCUCGAAUAGAAGGUCGAUUGCAAAAUGUAACCUCGUGGAACAUCCCAACUCUCUUCCUAAAGAAUACAGAUAUUUUGCUGGCACCAGUGGUUUUAGUGACAAGUCUGGUGGAGAGGACACAGUGGCCGACUACUGUCCCUAUUACCAGAAAUUUCUUCUUUCCAAUGGGCAGCAGGAUUCUAGGUGUUUUGUGGCAGGCAAUCAGCCUGCUCACAAUAUUGGCUUGGAGAGUUAUGGCGCUUCUUCUGUGUGUCUGAACCAUGGGCGCCAGUGGACUGAGACUAGAGACAGCGUCGCUACCUCUCUAACUAGAACUGGCGCCGGUUGUUACAAGAUCAGUUGUUCUAGCAACCAAGUUGUCGUCCAGAUGAAAGGAUCAUCGAACACCUACACUUGCACAACUAAGGGAGAAGAGAUUUUAGUGUCAGAGACUAUCAAUGGAGCAAACUACUUUGGAUCGUUUUACUGUCCAGCAUUCAGUGAGGUUUGUCAGGGACAUGGCUGUAUAAACGACUGCUCGGGCCAGGGUCGUUGUGUCAAUGGAGCAUGUAUUUGUGAUCCAGGAUACUACAGUUCGGACUGCAGUUCAAGGUACUUCGACAGGUUGCAACAUUGCAACUCACAGCCAUGUUUGAAUCAAGGAACAUGUCAAGACACCAGUUUCAGUUAUAAGUGUUCGUGCAGAACAGGAACAUCGGGCACUAACUGUGAGAUCAACCAGGACGAAUGUCAUUCAAAUCCUUGCCAGAAUGGAGCUACAUGUGUCGAUGGUGUCAAUUCAUACACGUGCCAAUGCAAAGUCGGAUUCGAAGGUACACUGUGCGAGAAAGACAUCAAGGAAUGUUCAUCCAGUCCGUGCCGUAAUAGUGGCAUUUGUCUGGAAAGCGAAAACAGGUAUACGUGUAGGUGUAAGUCAGGCUACAGUGGCAUUAAUUGCGAAGUCAAGCUUACGAAUUGUCCGCAUUGUUUCAAUGGUGGUACCUGCCGUUUGGGCAGCAAUGGUAUAUCAGUUUGCGACUGCCGCAUAGGAUAUGGUGGUACUCUGUGUACAAGAAAUGUGGUUUACUGUGAUUCCAGCCCGUGUGCAAACGGUGGAACAUGCACGGAAAGACAAGGUGGAUUUACUUGUAGAUGUCGGUCGGGUUACAUUGGAGAUCAGUGCGAGACAAAAAUCAUACCGUGCUCUGCAGGAUUAUGUCAGAACGGUGGAUCGUGUCAGGAUACAUCGGUUGGUUUCAAGUGUACAUGCAGUGCUGGGUUUACCGGUGACAACUGCGAUGUGAACGUGAACGAGUGCAUGUCGAUGCCGUGCAAGAAUGGCGCCACUUGCGAAGACAAAGUGGGCAGCUUCCACUGCCGCUGUGUUCCCGGGUAUCAGGGAUUCUUGUGCGAGAUCGACUUCGUCGAGUGUGAUUCGAAUCCAUGCCAUAACAACGCCAUUUGUAACAAUUAUGUCAAUUCUUUUCGUUGCGAAUGUCAACAGGGCUAUUCGGGUACUCUUUGUGACCAAAACAUCGACGACUGCAAAGGAGUAACAUGUCAAAAUGGAGGAAAUUGUGUGGACGGUAUAGAUUCAUAUUCCUGCUCUUGCCCGACCGGUUUUUCUGGGCAUCUUUGUGAGACUGACAUACAGGAGUGCUCAUCGAGUCCUUGCAGGAAUGGAGGAAAGUGCGUUGACGAGAUGGCUGGGUUUCGGUGUUUGUGUCUUCGUGGUCAUACGGGUGAGCUAUGCGAGUCAGAGAUCGACGAAUGUGCUAGUAAUCCUUGUCAGAACGGUGGAACAUGUCAAGACCAAUUUCGUAACUACACAUGCAGCUGUGACACCAGCUACACGGGAGUGCAUUGCGAAGUGGACAUCGAUGACUGUGCAUCGCAGCCGUGUCUCAACGGUGGCCAAUGUAUAGACGGACGGAAUUCGUACACCUGCGACUGCCCGACAAACCAGAUCGGUCUCCAUUGCGAAACUGUCGUCCAGCUACCCAACCCUUGCGAUUCCAAGCCGUGUCAGAGUGGAACAUGCACAACUAUUGGACCGAAUCAUUUUUUAUGCUUUUGCUCACUGGGCUUCAGUGGCUUGCUUUGCGAUUAUGAGAUAGACAACUGUCUAUCUCAUCCGUGUCCGCGUGGCAGCCAAUGUGUUAGUCAUCUGUCCGGCUAUAGCUGCAACGAAUGCGCCAGCAGUCCAUGUCUCAAUGGCGGCCAGUGCAUAGACAAGCAGCAGGGCUUCGAUUGUCGAUGUCUUACCGGAUAUUCUGGAGCUCAGUGUGAGAUUGAUCUAAACGAUUGCGACCCUAUGCCUUGUCUGAACGGUGGGAGAUGCAUCGAUGGAGCAGGACAGUAUACUUGUAUCUGUGUGGCCGGAUAUGAGGGUACCGAUUGCGACAAAGACACGGACGAUUGUCUCUCCCAUCCGUGUAUGAAUAAUGGAACGUGUUCGGAUUAUGUCGCCAGUUACUCGUGUCUGUGUGAGACGGGAUAUGCCGGCGAAAAUUGUGAAAUAAUACAGCAGGAUUGCCGAGACUGGCCUUGUUAUAAUGGAGGUAGCUGUCUGACGACCACAGGGUUACGACAUUGUAGCUGUUUACCUCCAUAUACGGGACCUCGGUGUGAAAUAGACAUAUCUGUCAACGAAUGCUUGUCUAGCCCGUGUUUGAAUAACGGACGUUGUAUUGACCAAGCCGGUGGCUAUUACUGUGAAUGUGAUGCAGGAUUUCAAGGAGUUUGGUGUGAGAAAAACAUUGAUGAUUGUGAGAAGCAUCUUUGUCAAAAUGGAGGCUUGUGUGUCGAUGGUAUCACUACGUACUCAUGUGUAUGCCCUAGUAGGUACACCGGACAGUUUUGCUCCGAGACGGUAAACAUUUGUGACUCUAGUCCGUGUAAGAACGGAGGAACAUGCUACGGUGGCAUCUAUGAUGAUUUUAAUUGCCUGUGUGUGAAAGGCUAUAGAGGAGAUAUGUGUGAACGCAUCGUUCCGUUGGUCUGUUUGGAAGUGGAUUGUCUCAAUGGUGGGACGUGUGUAGAAGUACAAGGAGCCGCCGUGUGCGAAUGUCAGAUAAAAUAUUCGGGCAGCUGGUGUGAAAACAGAGACACUCCGUGUGCCAGUCGUCCGUGCUUGAAUGGCGGUACUUGCCAUCUACAAGUAAACAGCUAUGAGGGAUACGAGUGUCUUUGCUUCGACUUGUUUGAUGGCAAGAACUGUGAAAACAAACGAGGCAUUUGUAGCUCUCGUCCUUGCAGAAAUGGUGGCUUUUGUGUUGAGAAUUCGGUAAACGAUCUCAGUCCAUUCUCUUGUCUCUGUCUUUCUGGUUACAUGGGAGUAUUGUGUGAAAAGAAGUCAUCUUCAUGUGAUCCUAAUCCUUGUGCCAAUAAUGGGAAAUGUCGACCGAACUUGCAAGGUGGACACUUCUGUACAUGUGUCUUCCCUUACACGGGACCAUCAUGUCAUGGUGCUAUUACAGUACCAUCAUUUGAGUCAUUUUCCUACUUGUCUUUGCAUCCUGGGUUGACGACUAGUGGAUCAUCGUUUGAAAUAACAUUCAGUCUUUAUCCUAGAAGCAAAGAUGGCCUUGUACUUACUAGUGCAAAUGGCAACGGCGAUUACAUUGCAGUGGGACUCUCAAAUGGAAAAGUUCAAUUUCAGUAUAACUACAGUGCUGGGCAAGGUCAUCUCACAAGCAACAGUCUAUUGUCAUUGAACGAAUGGCACACUAUUCAUAUUUCUCACAGUGACAACAAAGAAGAACUAGUUGUUGACAACGGUCAUCCUGUAAUGAGUACGAGUACAUUACACACUGGAACAAACGUUGACUUGCAAACUUUAGUAAUCGGUCGUAACAGCUUGGCCACUGCUACGGGAAUAUACAGAGGUUUUUCUGGUUGUAUUUCCAACUUGGCCAUCAAUUCUCGUCCUAUUAGACUGGAUCAAAGUACUGUGCUGAUGUCAGGCAGUGUAGAAAAUUGUUUUGCCACCAGUCAGUGUGACGAAGAAUUUUGUCUAAAUGGAGGGACCUGUAUCCGCUUGGCCGACGGUCCGGUGUGUGCUUGUAGUCAUGGAUUUACAGGAAGUCGCUGUGAACAUGGCUCCAGUUUCCUAUUGCCGUUCUUCUCUGGUCACUCAUACCUCAAGAUCAGAACUCCUACUGUGUCUGGAACGACAUUGCAGGCAUCACUUACAUUUCGUACAUCCAAACGAGACGGAUUGUUGCUGUACACAUCGGAGUACCUCGAUGGAUCGGGAGAUUUCUUUACCGUCUACUUGUCUGCCGGGCAUGUUGUUUUUGGGUUUGAUAGUGGAUCUGGAGCCGGGUGGCUACGUAGUGCAAGUGAUGUAGCUUUGAAUCAGUAUAUCAGAGUGACUGUUAGCAAACAAGGAAUCGUUGGAGAUAUGUCUGUCGACUCCAGAGAGUUUGUCACUGGUCAAUCCCAAGGACCUUUCACAACUACAAGCUUACAGCCAUCCGUGUACAUCGGUGGAGUACCAUCAUCACUGUUAUCGUUACCUCCGGCUUUAGUCACUGUCCUACCCGACACGGGUUAUGUGGGAUGUAUUAGUGAACUGACCAUCAAUGGAAAGAAAAUCGACUUGUCAUCGCACAAUUUAGAUGUCUGUCCCACCGAUGUAGAAAACUGUGGUGCCGAAACGUAUGCUGAGGAAUUGCCAAUAUUUGCAAUGCCGUCAUUUCGUGGAAACAGCUACCUUCAAUAUGAUCUUACUCCGAGGUUUCCGACGCAGAACGAGUGGACAGUAGAGUUCAGACCGACCACUGCCAGUGGUGUAGUCUUCUAUGUUGGACAGCCAAACAAUUCGAGUAGUGGCAGAUACCUGUACCUCGAGCUUUCCAACGGACAGGCAGUCGUCAAGUUUAAUUUUGAUGGUGGCGAACAUGUCAUAUCUAGUCGGCUGCACCUUGGUGUGGGAAGGUGGCACACUGUAACAGUAUCAAGGAGUGGCAGCGUAGUAGCACUAAUUGUCGACGACGAGCAACGCAUUGACAUAGCACCACUGUCGGGCUCUCAAACUGUGUUGACACUGCCUAACAACAUGUUCUUGGGUGGUUUACCCUCACAUACUCUACCCCUACCUGUUCAAGGCUUCAUCGGUUGUAUUCGCUCGGUCAAUUUAGAUGGCAGCAUUGACCUAGCAUUACGACUUCGGGCUGUAUUUGGAGUUGAUGUGAUGGAAUGUUCUGCUGACGAACUUCGGUAGUUGACGGUUGUAGUGUACAUGUAGCUGAGACUCGUUUAUAACUGUAGGUGACAUUGAGAACUAACUGGAUGGUCGAGAUACGGAUUAUUUUUAUAGUAUGUUCUCUGUGCAUAUAACAUAAGGUAACGUUUCUACAAAUUUUGCUGGUCGAUUAGAAAGAGACUAGAUGGCAAUACUUCUAGAAUGUGAGCCUGGAUCAGGCAAUGUUUGAUUGUAAUAUUAAAAUACAGGCACGAGA